AUGACUUGUCAAUCAGCCGCUGCGUCUCGCUUCAGUCCAGCAGGUGGCGCAAACGCAGCACGCGUCACAUAAGACAGCGCGGGAAGAAACAGCAGCUCUCAAUUUCACCUGCAAUGUCCAUGAUGAUGGUGCAGGUGGAUGUGAUGUGCUGUAAAUCAGUAGGAACUGAUCUGUCUAUGCUGGAUAUUGAUGAUUUGAUGACAGAAAUCUGUCAGCUGAAGAAAGAGGUGAAGUUACUGGAGACAAAACUCAGAGAGAGAGACCAACUCAACAGAAAGGAUGUAUGUGGUGUUUCUCUCUGUGAUCAAACAUCUCCAGAUCUUCUGCUUUCUGUCUGUAAUGAAGAGCAGAAGACAUCAGUGAAGCUGCUGGACUGUGAGAUGGAGCUGAAAACACAAAUCAAAGAAGAACAGACAGAUGAAGAUGAUGUGUUUUAUUCAGACCUGAUGGAGGUGAAGGAGGAAAGUUCAGAACCGAAUGAAAUGGAGGAGAAACCUCAUCAUCUCAUAAUUGGAGAAGAAUCUCUGAGCUGCUUGAACAUUGAACAGAAUUUCUUGCCAAAGAAUAGUCAGAUAGCAACAGACAAACAAUCUCCUACAUGCGCUCAGUGUGGAAAGACCUUCAAUCGUAAAUCCAAACUUAAUGCGCAUAUGAAAAUUCACACGGGAGGAAAGCGUUACAUGUGUGAUCGAUGUGGAAAGAGCUUCUCUUGUAAAUACCAACAUAAUUCACACAUGAGAAUUCACACUGGAGAACAUCUUCAUACGUGUGAUCAGUGCGGAAAGAUCUUCACUCGUAAAUCUGAUCUAAAUAAACACAUGAGAAUUCACACCGGAGAACGGCCUUACAGAUGUCAUCAGUGUGGAAAGACUUUUACUCGUAACUGCCACCUUAAGAGACACAUGGAAAUUCAUACAGGAGAAAAAUCGUAUCGAUGUGACCAGUGUGAAAGGACCUUCACUCGUAAAGACCAGCUUAAUGCGCACAUAAGAACUCACGCUGGAGAAAAGCCUUACACAUGUGAUCAGUGUGGAAAGAGCUUCAUUCGUAAAGACCGACUUAAUUUGCACGUGAGAGUUCACACUGGAGAAAAAUCGUAUAAAUGCGAUCAGUGUGGAAAGAACAUUGUUUCUAAACAGAGCUUUCAAGAUCACAUGAGAGUUCACGCCGGAGAAAAGCCUUACACAUGUGACCAGUGUGGAAAGAGCUUCAUUCGUAAAGACCGACUUAAUUUGCACGUGAGAGUUCACACUGGAGAAAAGUCGUACAGUUGUGAUCAGUGUGGAAAGAGCAUCGUUUCUAAACGCAGCUUUCAAGAUCACAUGAGAAUUCACACCGGAGAAAAGCCUUACGCAUGUGACCAGUGUGGAAAGAGCUUCAUUAAAAAAUGCAUCCUUAAAGCUCACAUGAGAGUUCACACCGGAGAAAAGCCGUACAGAUGUGAUCAGUGUGGAAAGAGCUUUGCAUGGACAUCGACUCUGAAAGUGCAUCGUCGUCGUCAUUCUGGAGUGAGAUCAUUUCAGUGUGAACUGUGCAGUAAAGCCUUCAUCAUUGCAGAUGCGCUGAGGAGCCACAUGACGAUUCAUUCAGAUGUGAAGCCUCAUGCUUGUUCCAUCUGCGAAAAGACCUUCACACGAGUCUCCUAUCUGAAAGAGCACGAGAAAACACACACGGCUGUGAAAUCUCAUAUGUGCUCGGAGUGUGGCAAAACCUUCACUAGAUCUGACCAUUUGAAGAAACACCAGAGAAGGUCACACUGAAGAGAAAUCUCACCACUGCUCCUCACGUGGAUUUAAUUUAAAAGAAUCAAGACGUCUUGGGAUUCACAUGAAGAAGUGUUGCAAAGUUCAUCCUCAGAAAACUGUUCAGAACAGAAGAUCCCUGAGAUGUUAAAAUGACUAGUGUGUUGACCUUCACUGAAUGUUUCUUGUCAAACUUUGUAAUGAUUUAGUAAAAAGGUAUACACUCUAAAGAAUGCUGGGGUCUUUUCAAAUGAA